AACGUUAGAUGGCGUCAUAAUUAUACGUCAAUUUCCAUAACCUGUCAUUUUUAACGGAUUAAAACCAAAAUAACAAAAAACUUAACGUUUAACACUAAAAUAUCCUUUCCAAAAUGCUUUCGAGUUUACAAAAAAUGACCCAAUGCCUGUUGCGGUCUCCAAACGCGAGAUUAAUUCAAACUUCUUCUACUCUACAAUCUGAUGCUUUAUUUGUACAUCGCGAUACAAAAGAAGAUAACCCCGAUAUCCCAUUUGAUUUUACACCUGAAAAUAAAAAGAGGGCUGAUGCGAUUAUGGCAAUUUACCCGGAAGGUCAUAAGAGAGCCGCCAUGAUUCCUUUAUUGGAUUUAGCUCAACGUCAACAUGGUUGGUUACCAAUUUCUGCUAUGCAUAAAGUAGCUGAAAUUUUAAAUUUACCUCGUAUGAGGGUUUAUGAAGUAGCCACAUUUUACACUAUGUUUUUAAGAAAACCAACUGGUAAAUACCACAUUGGUGUAUGCACUACAACUCCGUGUUGGUUACGUGGUUCAGAUUCAAUUUUAAACACCAUUAAAAGUGAAUUAAAAAUUGAAGUUGGAGAAAUGACCAAAGAUGGGAUGUUCACAUUAAGUGAAUUGGAAUGUUUGGGAGCUUGCGUUAAUGCCCCGAUGCUUUCAAUCAAUGAUGAUUAUUAUGAAGAUUUAACUGUGGAAGAUACGAAAGAAAUUUUAAAUGAUUUAAAAAGUGGUAAGAAACCAAGAGCUGGUCCAAGAAGUGGUCGCUUUGCAGCUGAACCACAUGGAGAAUUUACUUCCUUAAAAUCAGAACCACCUGGUCCUGGUUUCAUGGUUCGCCCAGAUUUAUAAAUGUUGUACAUAUAAUUAUUUAUAUAUAGUAAAUAAAUGUAUGAUUUAAAUGUA